CUCUCGCGCCCAAAGAUGCCGGGCGGCAGCGGGCAGGUGUGCGCUGUGUGCGGCAGCUCGGAGAUCGAGGUGGACUCGGCCCGCGGAGAUGCGGUUUGCACGGGCUGUGGCUCCAUCCUCGAGGACAACAUCAUCGUCUCCAAGGUGCAGUUUGUGGAGAACAGCGGAGGAGGGUCGUCGGCCAUUGGGCAGUACGUCUCCCUCGACGCGGCAGGAAAAACACAAACAGCUGGAGGAUUUCAUGUCAACUUGGGAAAGGAAUCGCUGGCACAGACUCUCCAAAAUGGAAAACGGCAGAUCCAUCCAUCAAAAUAG